AUGGGACCACCAACAAAUUCAAAUUCUUGCGAAACAAUGAUUGCACAACCAAUUCAACCUUACAAAACAAAUGAAGCCAGUACUCUUCGUCAGUAUUAUACUUCAAAGAUUCAGGAAGCAAAGCAGCAACUUACUGAAAAAAUGCAAAAUGUUCGGAGACUUCAGGCUCAGCGGAAUGAAAUGAAUAAUAAGGUUAGAAUGUUAAAGGAAGAAUUAUCAAAACUUAAUGAACAAGGCUCAAAUGUUGGAGAGGUUGUGAAGGUUAUGGAUAAAAAGAAAGUUCUUUCGAAGGUUCAUCCCGAAGGGAAAUAUGUUGUUGAUAUUGACUCUUCAGUUGACCUAGUUAAGUUGACUGCUGGUUGCAGAGUUGCUCUACGGGCUGAUAGUUAUGCUUUACACAUGGUUUUACCAAAUAAGGUUGAUCCACUUGUUAGUUUAAUGAUGGUUGAGAAAGUACCGGAUUCAACUUAUGAAAUGAUUGGCGGGUUGGAUAGUCAAAUUAAGGAGAUGAAAGAAGUUAUUGAGUUGCCAGUUAAGCAUCCAGAAUUAUUUGAAGCAUUAGGAAUUGCACAACCUAAGGGCGUUUUGCUUUAUGGUCUUCCUGGUACCGGCAAAACUCUUUUGGCUCGUGCUGUCGCGCAUCACACUGAAUGUACUUUUAUAAGAGUUUCUGGCUCUGAACUCGUUCAAAAAUUUAUUGGUGAAGGUGCACGUAUGGUUAGAGAACUUUUUGUGAUGGCUCGUGAACAUGCACCUUCUAUCAUUUUUAUGGAUGAAAUUGACUCAAUUGGAUCAUCAAGAGUUGAGGGCAGUCAUGGAGGUGAUUCUGAAGUUCAGCGAACAAUGCUUGAAUUACUUAAUCAAUUGGAUGGGUUUGAAGCGACAAAAAAUAUUAAAGUAAUUAUGGCUACAAAUCGAAUUGAUAUUUUGGAUCCAGCAUUGCUUCGACCUGGUCGAAUUGACAGAAAAAUUGAGUUUCCGGCACCUGACGUGAAGGCACGUUUGGACAUUUUGAAAAUCCAUUCUCGUAAAAUGAAUUUGAUGCGUGGCAUAAAUUUAAGUAAAAUUGCUGAGUCUAUUAAAGGAGCUUCUGGGGCAGAGGCUAAGGCUGUUUGUACUGAAGCAGGAAUGUUUGCACUUCGAGAACGUCGGAUACACGUUACACAAGAAGACUUUGAAAUGGCAGUUGGUAAAGUAAUGGCAAAAGACCAGGAAAAGAAUAUGUCGUUAAAGAAAUUAUUUAAAUAA